AUGUCAUUGGAAGAAAAAAAUAUUAGUUUUUCUAGUGAUGCAUGUGAUAAAAAUUUAAGUGAGGAUAAAGGUGGAAAUACAAUAGAUUUGAAUGAGAGUGUAUCAACACCUACAAUUGAAAUGAAUUUUGAUUUAUUGGAUGCCUUGUUUUUGCAUUACAAAUUAUAUGGAAAACAAGAAGGUUUUGGUGUUAAGAAGAAAACAAGUCGUAAUUCACCAAAUAGAAACAUGAAAUUUGUUUGCUUUUCAUGUUCUCGAGCUAGGAAAUCACAACCCACAAAACAAAAUCCUCUUAUUCCUAAUCCACAGACGAAAACAAAUUGCAAAGCAAGAAUUAAUGCUACUGUAUUUGGAGAUGGAAAAUGCAAGAUAAAUUAUGUUGUGCUUGAGGAUAAUCAUUGUCUAAGUCCACAUAAAUCACGAUUCUACACUUGCAAUAGAGAAAUAGGCAUUUGGGCACAAAGAAAGUUCGAACUAAAUGAUAGUGCUGGUGUUAGUAUGGCAAAAAAAUUUCAAACACUUGUAGUGGAAGCUGGUGGUCAUGAUAAAGUUCCAUUCUUAGAAAAAGAUUGUAGAAAUUUUGUUGAUAAAGCUAAGCAUUUACGCUUAGGAAUUGGAGAUGCUAAAGCAAUCCAUGAUUAUUUCAUGAGUAUGCAAGCUAUGGCUUCUUUUACAUGA